AUGAGCAUCAACAUAAGGACAACAGUUGCAAGCAACCUCAAAAACCCGCCCAUAUUCUCAGUCUGCAAAGCUAAUAAAAAGAAGGCCAACAUGUAUAUUGAAAACGAGAAGGAAAACCAGAUACAAUUAGGGGUCCGCUCACAGGCACUCAUAGAUUAUCUUACUCAAAGGAGGAGGAAAAGCAAGCCUCUCGACUCCUUGAGUAGAGCUCUCCGGGAUAUCCAUGUGAUCAUCCUCUUCAUGGUCAUAGGCUUCUUCCUCCUCAACACUCGGGUGCUCCUCAACUCUUUGCCGAACAUUCCUUUGCGAGCCACCGACCGCCCGUCCAAAUUCCGCUUGCACCUCAUUGAUGGUGGCGGAAUGCGUCUCGCUCACCAUCUUAAUAUUUGUCACGUCGUUGACACUCUCGAUUGUGGUCAAAUGGGUGUUCGGUAA